AUGUUCAUUAUGAACGCCCACGACCCAGAGCUAGCUCUACCAGAUCCAUUCUUACUUCGAACACAUUCACGCCUAGCGGCCUCUUUACAUCUAUUCCAUGUUGAAGAACGAGUUGCUGAAGGAUGGCCUUCGCCCAGAUUGUUCUAUUUGGGCAACAAAGCCCUGCGAGCUUUACGCCCACUCUGGCAUUUUGUACCUAAGGUGAUCCGUUCUCAGUGCUACUCUGUGCUCCUGAAGUUAGGAAGCUACCUCUACCCGCGGUCCUCAACUCCCUUCGCGCACCGCUUGCCGUUCGGACUGUACGCGAAGAACUGCCAUCGCUCUCCUCGCAACGAAGGAGAGACUUUGCGCUUGCUAGAGCAGUACAACUCGAUUCCAUCACCUCUUUGGGUAGAUGAAUAUCAGGGAACUGAGCGGAUGCUAAUUAUGACGGCCAUGCCCGGACAACCGCUAGAUCAAGUCUUCCAUAGGCUCUCGUACCCAGAGCGCAAGCAACUGGCCCAAGAUCUGAGAAGUGUUGUAUUGCAACUACGCUCCAUCCCGAAUCGGACUUCGCACGUUUUCGCAAACACUUAUGGCGGACCACUGAAAAACCAUCGCUUCCCCUCCGGGACAUGUGGACCAUUCAACGAUAUUUCUGAAUUCAAUGACUUCCUCGUGCAUCGAGCCGUGCAGAAUGAAACACGCGAGAAGAUUUCGGCCGUCCAUGCUCGUCAGUACAGAUCUUGUUUUACGCAUGCAGACCUUUACCCCACCAACAUUCUCAUUGAUCGCGGAAGACUGUCUGGAAUCAUAGAUUGGGAAUGCGCCGGCUUCUACCCAGAGUACUGGGAGUUUACAAAGCUGAUAUAUGGUACUGACAUCCUACGAGCAUUCGAGCCCAUCAUCCGCGAUGCCUUCGCAGGGGUUGAUUACGAGGAAGAGUUGGCAGCUGAGACACUACUUUGGUAUGACACACCGUUCGGAGUGUAA